AUGCCUGGGAUAGAAAAUGAGCCUGGCGAGAGUCAUCCAACUGUGGAAUUAGAUGAGACAAAAGUACUUAGAAAUGAUAGAUGGUAUCAUGAAAUCAGAUGGGCUUUUGGCGUAUAUGAUCGUGGCACUAAAAAAUCCGGAAUCUUUUAUGUUCUGCAAACAAAAGUUAUGAUGAAUCAAAGAAUUUUAUACAUCUUUCAGUGUACAAUAACCCAUAAAAUCCCACUGAAAUAUGAACUGAUGGCUGGCGUACAUAUAAUCAGUUAA